AUUGGGUUUCUUGAUCGAUUUCUUAUCCCACGCGGCGGUCGUAGGCUUCAUGGGAGGAGCAGCCAUCACCAUAGCUCUUCAACAGCUUAAAGGAUUCCUUGGAAUAAAAAAAUUCACCAAGAAAACCGAUAUCAUCGCCGUUCUUCGCUCCGUAUUCAGCUCAGCUCAUCACGGAUGGAACUGGCAGACAAUACUCAUUAGUGCAUCGUUCUUGAUCUUCCUUCUCCUCUCUAAGUUCAUCGGGAAAAAGAAGAAGAAACUGUUUUGGAUUCCGGCGGUCGCGCCGUUACUAUCUGUCAUCAUUUCAACCUUCUUCGUAUACAUUACCCGAGCCGACAAGAAAGGAGUUCAAAUCGUGAAACAUCUUGACAAGGGCCUAAACCCUUCUUCUUUGAGUCUUAUAUACUUUUCCGGCGAUUACCUUCUUAAGGGCUUCCGCAUCGGUGUUGUCUCCGGCAUGGUUGCCUUAACGGAAGCUGUAGCGAUCGGAAGAACAUUUGCAGCAAUGAAAGACUACCAAAUAGACGGUAACAAGGAGAUGGUUGCAUUAGGAGCAAUGAACGUGAUCGGCUCAAUGACUUCUUGCUAUGUAGCCACCGGGUCGUUCUCAAGAUCCGCCGUUAACUUCAUGGCCGGAUGUCACACUGCGGUCUCCAACAUCAUAAUGUCCGUCGUUGUCCUCUUGACGCUUCUCUUCCUCACUCCUCUUUUCAAAUACACACCAAACGCGAUUCUUGCAGCGAUCAUCAUCAACGCCGUGAUUCCUUUGAUCGACGUUAACGCCGCCGUUUUGAUUUUCAAGAUCGACAAGCUCGAUUUUGUUGCUUGUAUGGGAGCUUUCUUUGGUGUCAUCUUUGUGUCCGUUGAGAUCGGUCUUCUCAUUGCCGUGGGCAUAUCUUUUGCUAAGAUACUCUUGCAAGUUACAAGACCUAGGACAGCGAUUCUUGGAAAGAUUCCUGGGACUUCGGUUUACCGGAAUAUUCAUCAGUAUCCUGAAGCGACUAGGAUCCCCGGAGUUUUGACAAUCCGUGUUGAUUCCGCUAUUUACUUCUCCAACUCCAACUACGUUAGAGAAAGGAUUCAAAGGUGGUUGACAGAUGAAGAAGAGAAGGUGAACGCUGUGAGCUUACCUAGGAUCCAGUUUGUGAUCAUCGAAAUGUCACCUGUUACUGACAUUGAUACUAGCGGUAUACACGCCUUAGAAGACUUAUACAAGUCUCUCCAGAAGAGAGACAUUCAGUUGGUCCUAGCGAAUCCUGGACCGGUGGUCAUCGAUAAGUUACACGUGUCUAACUUCGCAGACAUGUUGGGACACGACAAAAUCUUUCUGACGGUGGCUGAAGCAGUGGAUUCUUGCAGUCCGAAACUCUCCGAUGAGGUCUGA